AUGAGCUUAAUUUUCCCAGGUGAUACUUUACAAAUUCCAACAUCACAAAUCAAAGUUACAGGUCCGGGCAUUUAUGUCUUUCCCAAUGAAAAUGAUGUAAAACCAAUCAAUGCAGGCAUAGAAAUUGUACAAAAAAGUCCCAAGACAAGUGUUUAUAUAGAGUACAACUCCAAAAGAUACAUACCUGCUGUAGGUGAUUUUGUUAUUGGAACAAUUGUAGCUGCGUAUGCUGAUCAUUAUAAUGUUAGUUUAAAUAACUUCUCUAAUGUUGUCUCGCUAUCUUACAUGGCAUUUCCAAAUGCUUCCAAGAAAAAUAGGCCUAAUCUAAAAACAGGCGAUUUGGUCUAUGCCAGAGUUUGCCAAAGUGAUAGAGACUUGGAGGCUGAGAUAGAAUGUAUGAAUUCCACAACAGGUGUUAACGAUGGUUUUGGUUUAUUAGAUGAAAACAAUUCCAUGAUAAUAGAUGUUUCCUUAGGGUUUGCUCGCGAAUUGUUAUUUAACAAUAGCUAUCCGUUAUUACCUCUGUUAUCGAAAUUUACUGAGUUUGAAGUAGCCAUAGGUGUUAAUGGGAAAAUAUGGAUCAAGACUCCAAGCGUAUUGCAAACUUUAGCAUCAUACAAAAGUAUACUGGAUUGUGAAAAGAAUCCGUCAAAAAACUUUAAAGAUAUCAUUAAAAGUAACUUUAAGAAAAUCGUUAAUGUAGUAGCUGAUGAGAACUGA